AGUCAAUGGGGCGGCAGCGGCCGCGGCGGAGCGCAGGGCCGGCGGGGCCGGCGGGGCGGGGGGCGGCAUGGCGGGGCGCUGAGGCGGCGCGGCGGCGGCGAGGGGCGCGCCCCGGCAUGGGCAGCCGCGGGGCCCGGCGAUGAGCGCUCCCCCGGCCGCUCCCGCUCCCCCCCGCGCGAAUAUGGGCACAGCCGUGUCCAAAAGGAAGACGCUGAGGAACGAGGCCAUGUCGUCCGUGGCGGCCAAAGUGAGAGCGGCGAGGGCUUUCGGAGAAUAUCUUUCACAAAACCAUCCCGAAGGCAGAAACGGCUCAGAUCACCUGUUAGCAGACUCCUACAUCGGGCAGGAGGACUCCCCUGAGCUGCAGCAGGCGGCGCAGAACAAGCGCAGGCUCUCGGUCAUCUCGGACGGCAAGUUUGAGAGGAGCUUCGAGGAGCAGGCGGAGAAGAUCCCGAGCGAGGCAGCCAAGCCACGGGUGUACACGAUCUCCGGCGAGAGGCCGAUGCUGUCGGACCACGAGAACGGCAGCAUGGAGCUGGUGGUGAUGAAGGGGGCUGCCCAGGACGAGUGUCACCACGGCCACCACGGGCACGGCGCCGGCGGCUCCCACGGCGUCAGCAGGCACUGCAAGGCCUGGCCAGGCAGCCGCCAGGGCUCCAAGGAGUGCCCAAACUGCACCCGCCUGGCUGCCCCUUCCCAGCAAUCCUUUGACCUGGAGCAGCAUCCGCCCAGCGAGACUGGGUGGCACAGGAAGAGGCUGGAGAGGAUGUACAGUGUCGAUAGAGUGUCUGAUGAUGUCCCCAUCCGAACCUGGUUCCCAAAGGAGAACCUCUUCAGUUUUCACACCGCUACUACAACUAUGCAAGCCAUCUCGGCGUUCAGGGGCUACGCAGAGAGGAAGAGACGGAAACGGGAGAAUGAUUCCGCAGCUGUUAUCCAGAGGAAUUUUCGGAAGCACCUCCGCAUGGUGGGGAGCCGAAGGGUUAAAGCACAAACCUUUGCCGAACGGCGUGAGAGGAGCUUCAGCAGGUCCUGGAGUGACCCGACUCCCAUCAAAGCUGAUUCCUUCCAUGACUCUCGAGAAAGCCAUGACCUUCAGGAUUCCUGCGGCACUCUGGAGGGUGACUUCGACUUGAACUGGGAAGCAGAAAAGGAACUUGAAGCCAUGGCAUGUGACGGAGAAGACUUUAUUCCACCAAAAAUAAUGCUCAUUUCUUCCAAGGUGCCCAAAGCAGAGUAUGUCCCAACCAUUAUCCGCAGGGACGACCCCUCCAUCAUCCCCAUCCUCUAUGACCAUGAACAUGCUACCUUUGAUGACAUCUUAGAGGAAAUAGAGAAGAAACUUAACAUUUAUCGCAAAGGCUGCAAAAUCUGGAAGAUGCUGAUAUUUUGCCAGGGAGGUCCCGGGCACUUAUACCUGUUAAAGAACAAAGUCGCCACUUUCGCCAAAGUGGAGAAGGAGGAAGAUCUGAUCCUCUUCUGGAAGAGGUUGAGCCGGCUGAUGAGUAAAAUCAAUCCUGAACCAAAUAUCAUCCACAUCAUGGGCUGCUAUGUUCUUGGAAACCCCAAUGGGGAGAAGCUAUUUCAGAAUCUGAAAAACUUAAUGAAUCCUUAUAGGGUUGCCUUUGAGUCUCCACUUGAACUAUCAGCUCAAGGUAAGCAAAUGAUCGAGACUUACUUUGACUUCCGCCUUUACCGCCUCUGGAAGACCCGCCAGCACUCGAAACUAUUGGAUUACGAUGACAUUUUAUGAGCUGGAGAAGACUUUGCAAGAGGAAGCUCAUCACCAGUGUCCAAGAAGUCAUGCUUAUUGCAGAGAGACUUUUUUAUUGGCACAGGGAGCCCUUCAGAGCCCCACGGGAGCAGCAGUGCUAAAGGCAGGGGAGGAGGAGCCCUCGGAAGCGUGUCCAAGGAAAGUCUCCUGGGUCAAGAGAGACUGGAGGGAAAGGGGGUGACCCUGGCUGGCCCCAGUCCGAGCCCUGGGGUCUCAGGAGGAGCUGUGUGCAACGAGGACAGGAUGGAGUUCCUGGCAGAACUGAGCUGUUUUGGGUCAGAAUGGGCCAGAUUUGAUUCCAGGUCCUUUUAAAGACUUUUGAAGCUCAGGUUUUCUUACAAAAAAAAAAAUAAACCCAGUUACCCGUGCACUACGAUGGAGAAGUCACCAGAGCACAGAGGGAGGAGGGGGUUGUACUGCUGGGACCUUCUGUGCUGAGGAUCUCGGAGAGCAAGGACUGCUACACCUACUCCUGCAAGCUUAGAGCAAGACAACCCAGUUUCCAUGUGAAUAUAUACUGGGAUAUAGAAUUGAAAUCUUCUUUUUUUUGUUUUGUUUUGUUUAAUAGAAAAUAAGUGCAAUUUUUAUAGCAAAGGGUGGGGGUAAAAAUCCCUCCCAAUAUUUAAUUAGUUAAAAAAUAACACACCAUAACCAAUAGAUGAGGUAUUUCUGGUCUGCUUGAAAAUAUAUUCAGAUUGGUAAUAUAUCUUCUGUAGACAUAUUUAAUCACCAGCAAACAUGGUUUUAACAUAACUUGGCAGACCCUGCAUGUCUGCUGCAUUGGUUUGGUUCCUUCCUUUCAGAGUAGCUGUGUUGCACUAACUGUACCUGCUCUCACGAAUGUAUAGUUCUCCUCCAAUUAGCCACAACUUUAUUACUUUCUAUUUUGCUGCUUGCAAAACUAUGGGACUUUAGUUUUGCUGAAAUACUUUAGGUUAGGAAUAUGGGGCCUGGCUGGGGAAGCCUCUGUCAGGCCCUCUGUGGUAUAAAAAUGAAUUAGAAAUUAAUAGCCAUGGUAAUUACCUGUUCAUGCCAGUGCUUUGCCGUGUGUUGGGAGUUGAGCUCCCUUCCCGACCUGCCACGAGGAGCAGCUGUUGGGACCCCUCUGAGGGGACUGUGCACUGAGGCAUUCGGGAGAAAUGCUUCUGGAGGAACAGGUUUGGAGCAUGAGUUUGAAUCUUCCCUGUGUUCACUUGAUUGCCAGUUGUUUGUGCAUAAAACACCUCUUUUUCCUUGCUGAAAGACCUGUUUCUUGGUCUGAGCUGUUCCCUUCCCUUCCUGAGCAGGACAGAGAAAACCCCAAGCUCUGUCAGACCUGAGAACCCAGGUCUUGAUAUUUGAUGAUAAAUUUUGGAAUCUCUUUACUUUUUGUUUGGUCAGGUCAGGGGGUGCUUUUUGUUUUGGGAAGGGCUUUUUUUUCACAUUCUACUGUCCUUUCAGAGGAUAAAUAGUACUUAGAGUCUGUAGGUCACUGGCAAUUCUCAGAGGUGACACAAAUUACUUCUUUUACAAGCAAAAGAAGUAACAGGGAAGGAUUACCUUGUUUUCCUGAUUUCCUGUUAUCUAAAAUUAGUUGAUUGUGAAGUGAAGGAAAAUAUAUGUAUAAAUCUUCUUUUAACUACUUACAAAAAGAACUACUUGUUCUGAUCUGUAGAGUCCUCCUCCCCCUGUGGUUGUGAUUUUGGGGAGCAGGUCCCUGGCUAGAACUGCUGAACCCUUUACAUUUAUGGCAGUUUUAUAGCAAAACUAUUUUGAAGAAAUAAUGUACAUACACGUAAGGAGAGGAAUAAGUGGAGAGGGAUGGUUUAAAGUUGUUGAAAGCCACAUACUGAACCAAAGAGGUGUGGGCUGUUGCCUCCCCCUGGUUGGGAGCUCUUGGGAGCUGCCCUGACCUCGGGAGCUUUGGGAGCCACAUCUCAUCCCUGGACUCAGGUUUGCCAGACUUGGAGUGAAGGGAAGAACAGGCACCAGUCUGUAGCUUUUGGAAGGAAAUGCCAGAUGUAAAAAAAAAAAAAAAAGAACCCAAAAUUUAUGCCAAUUACUAUUUAAUGUUGUGGCUCCCACCAGCUCUGAGGUGAGAGGUGGGAGCCAGAGGUGCAAUGGAAGCACAAAGUCACGUUAUCUGGAGAAGGAAAUGGUUGUGGGAGGAUUAAAAUGCUGACAUGAAACUCUCUCCCUUUCUGACCCUUUCACCUCCUAACUGGAGACAGACAAACUGUUCUUCCUUUCUCUUUCCUGAAGUGAAAUCCCAAUUCAGUGAACUUGGUAGCAUGAAUGUAGCAUUGUGGAACUAUUGAAAAUCUUAUUUAACCCCAAAAGGGCCCGUUUCUGUAUCCACUGGAGUGAUUUCUCUGUAGAACUGUUGUAUAUCCUCACUGACCACUUGUAGAACUUGGGGUGCAAAGUAGAAGGUAGAUUGUACAGUGACUCCUGUGGGAAGAUGUGUGUUGGAAUGGACACUGUGGACUGUUUUCCUGGUGCAGUUUAUAGGAUAAUGAGAACUGAUGAAUGCAUUUCCCUCCAAAGAUCUAUAUUCCUCAUAGUUUGUGAUGUUUAUGACAUGAGCAUAUUAUUUCCUUUGUAGCCUUCAUUUGCCUAAAGGGAGGAAAUAUUCUCAGAGCUGUGACUGGAACAGAGUUGUGAUGUUUGACAUCCUGUGUGGAGCAGCAUCGUUGGAAUUAACCAUUGGUGACAGAGGAAAACACAUUUCUUGCCCUUUUUCACCAGUUGAGCUUUUCAAGUGGCUGCUGGGAAAGGAAGGGGUCAGCAGAGGAAAAUAAAAAUUGUCAUUAUUUAAA